GAAGUGGGGCCGUCUCACUAAAAUCAGGAAACUAACAGUAGCUAUUUAUAUACAACACCAAAGCAUUUAGCUGCUGAUCGCUAGUGCAGUUUCAGUAGAAGAGGAGCUCAGGAGAACAGAGCACGCGACAGGAGAGAUACAGGACACGUAAUGAUGCACAGCAGGUGAUUUUGGACAUUGGUGAAACUUGGUAACCAUGGAUGAAGACUGGCAAAGUGGACCAGCCCUUCCUGACACUCUGUCCUCAUAUGAACUGUUGAUUCUCUACACCUCUGAAGCUUACGAAUGGGCCACAUAUCUACAGCAGAUCCUCAAAUCUACCAAAAAGUUUCCUAAAAAGUCCAUUUUACUCUACUCUGUGAGCCCUGCAGAUCAACUCCACGGAUACAACUUUGACUCUUUACAAAACUGCAAAUGUGUCGUGGUGCUUUUCACUGGGGCCUUUCUAGACAAUCUGAGCUCACUCGACCUGCAGGCGGCACUCCAGAGGGUGCUGUGCCCCCCUCAUAGAGUGGUGGCGCUGUUGUGUGGAGUGGAUGAUGAUCAUGUUCUAACAGAGUGUUUCCCAGACUGGCCGUACUGGAGGAAACUGUAUACAGAGGAUGAACCUGCCGUGUACGUGUCCACCAUCCUGGAAUCUGUUACAGAGAGCAGGAUGCGGGAGGUUAAAGACAAGAGUGUGGACCACGUCACAGCGGCCUCUCCGACUCAGCAGUCCACCAGAACGGAAGAAGAGGUUUUAGAUGAAGAAGAAGAGAGGGAGGAAACACAGGAGAGAGGAGGACAAGCAGAGAGAGAGGAGGGGCAAUCAAACACAGAGGAGACUGGAGCCACAGAUCUGAGCUGUCUCACUGUUCAGCCCAACAGAAUCCACUGUGGGGACCAGGAGACUGUUUUCAUAAUUUUCAAAUACAAAAUAGACCAUUAUUCAGAGAUGGAGAUUGAGUUUUCAUCAGAAAGUGGAGACUCAACAAGGAUUCAACCAACCGUAGAGAACAGCUUUACUCUGAGCGUCACUGCCCCUGAUUUUCCCGCUGGAGUUGCGUCUCUAACUCUACGCACAAAGCAGUCAAGUGCAAUCCUCAAACCAGUCACAUACUUCACCAGCAUGGGAGAAGUCAAUCACUUUAUUGAAAAUGCAACAGAUCCUGUGAACUUUAUCUGCCAGGCAUUUCACUUGCAGUCCAACUCAAGAGAGUCCUUGGACCACAUGCUGACAGAGUGUCUCAAGUCCAAAAUGCCGGCCACUGGACUGCAGCUGUUUGGCAUCAGGCAGAUAGAGGAGGACAAUAUGGCCUCAUACCAGCGCAAUGAAGAACUUCCCACGCUGCUCCACUUCGCUGCUAAGUACGGCCUGAAGAAGCUCACUACCGCCCUCCUGCAGUGUCCCGGGGCAUUACAGGCCUACAGUGUCAUGAACAAAAAUGGAGACUACCCUAACACCUUGGCCCAAAAAAGUGGCUUCUCGGACUUGCGACAGUUUAUGGACGAGUUUGUAGAGACUGCCGAUAUGUUGAAGUCUCACAUAGAGGAGACCAUUGCCCCAGAGGAGGAGGGCGAUGUGUACGAGAGGAUGACCACUGCGUCCCAAGACAUGCUCAUGAGGUUUUCAGGCCAAUCUGAGGAUAUCUAUGAGUCUAUGCUGGAGAUCAGCCCGGAGUGUGCAGAGGACCUGUAUGAGGUGAUGAACGCUGUGGAGGAGAACCCGGAAGAGGCCAUGCUCAGAACGUUUUUCCAAGCCAAACCUCAGAUGGCUGAGGAUCCUCACACCCCGUCACAGUCCUUUGUCUCGGAGGAGAGAGAGAAUCUGCAGCCGACAGAGACUGACCGGAUCGAGGAGGAGGAGGAGGAUCCUUAUAACCUGACAGACCAAAUCUACGACACUGUGGACCCCGAGACAAUGUACCCUUCCAUCAUCAACCGCCCCCCUGCCCCUGUGCCCCGCCCCCAACCAGAGCCCAGCCGGGACCAGGACAAACCCGAGGCCUACAUCAGCAGAGUAUUUUCAGAAAAAAAUCUGACCCAGGUGAAACAGGAAUUUCAAGACAAGAUGUAUGCAACAGCUCGGCCCCCAUCUUUGAACCAAGGCUCCGUGUACGACCCCUACGCUGGGAUGAAGACCCCAGGCCAGAGGCAGCUCAUCUCCCUCCAGGAACGUGUCAAAGUGGGGGAGAUCUCGGUGGAGGAGGCCGUGCAGGAGUUUAAGGCCUGGCAGUUUGACCAUGAACGAAGGGCCCACUCCAUACGGUACCAACAGGAAAAUCUAAAGAAGUUACGGGACAGCAUCACUCGGCGCCACAAGGAGAAAGAGAAAAUAGGACAAACUGAUUAUGAGAUCUCGGCUCCUCUGCAGACAAACCUGUACUGGGCCUCAGCGGCAACUAUGGAGUGUGGUGUAUACGAGCCCACACCCAGACUCUGCACCAUGCCUCCCCCCACAGUGCCCUCUGCUGCUGCGACAGGGAACGUCAUCAAGAGGGGCAGCUGGAAGACCGGCAGCACCUCCAGUACCUCCAGUACAGAGAGCAACCGUCUAAGCACACACAGCACCAUGAGCUACAGCAGCGGCACCGAGCCUGAACUAGAGGACUCAUUAGAAAGUCUUCCUGUUCCACCUCGACCUCCACGUCUGUCUGAACCCACAUCUAUGGCCCCUGCUCCAAGAAUCCCUCCACGAAUCCCAGAGAGAGUUCCAGAGAAGAUGCUUCAUGAACGGUACACCUCAUGUCCGACUCGAGCCCUCCCUCAGGUCCCUCAGCGUCAGUCCGAGGUGGCCCCCCCAGUGCCCCGAAGACAACGAUGAUCUCACACCAGCACCUUACACAGACCUGGGCCUGUCUAAAUAGCACAUUUUGAAGUGCGACAUAUUUCUGAUGAAAAUAUAGAUUUAUUCAAACGUCUAAAGCUCAUAUGUUAUCAGAAAAUUACAAUAAGUUCAUCACUACUCCAAAGACAAAGUACAAUCACGAUAAACCCCCUGUAACUAAAUCCACCAAAAAAUAUCGUUCCAUAUUGCACAGACACAGAAAAAGACUGAUUAUAAAGACUGUGAAUAAGAAAAGCCAUGAUUGAAUAUUUUUUUAGUGGUGUUAUUUUUUUGUUCUGUUACAAGCAUGUGAUCAAUGUACAAUGUAUUAUCGUGUGUGUGUAAUGUUUUAAGGGUUUAGGUUUAAGUUAAAUUUAUCUUUUUUCAUGAUGAAAAUAAAUUGUUUUGUGAAUUUUUUCU